GAAGCAUACCGGCGUUGGCUAUGUAGUUCAUUGGUGCCUCAUAUGACUGAAACGGGGCAGCGUGUGCGACCCUGUCUCAGCGUAUGCCAAAGUGUUGAGCAGAAAUGCCCAUACAUGCUUCCUGGGGAUCGAGCACCUGCCUAUCCCACACAAUACGCCGGAGAGCCUACAUUCCUUUGUCUCGACCCAAAUAUACCGGAAACGGGCGCGCAAAGGAAGAAAUCAUCAACGGGAGACGAAGACUGCUGCUACUCACACUGCGGCACACCGGGUCGGGGGGUUGGUGGCUGCGAGGGACCCAACAUCAUCGUAAACUGCCCAGCGGGAAGACCAGCGACCAACGACACCCCAGAGCCGGUCCCUUGCACCGACGGCCUCAACUUCGGCGUAUCGAGCUGCUCGGGCGGCGGCCCAAAACAACCAUCAUCAUCAUCAUCGCCGUCAUCAGAGGCAGCCGCCGCCGCCUCCUCCACCUCAUCAACGUCAUCAGCAUCAUCAUCGUCAGCAUCGAUAUCAUCAACGUCUUCGUCGUCGUCUUUAUUGGGAGGUAGCAGCAGCAGAAGCAGCAGCAUCAGCAGCAGCAGCAGCAGCACGAAACCGCGACGGACUCUACUAAACAAAGUGUCGCUAUUGUGGACCGCAUGGAUUUUAUUUAUAACAAUAAAUACACUUGAUUAUUUAAUUAAUUUGUUGGCAUUGUGCGCGAAAUGUGUGCGGACAACGUUGACGCGGAUAAAGACCAAGUGGAGACCGUGGUCAUAGAAUUAGGGAAAAUUAGGUGAUCUGUGUUCUUUAGUCUAGUCGGUGAUCGGAAGCGACGUAUCCAAAGCAAAAAGAAGAUUCAAACGAGAGAGAGAGAGAGUAAAAAAAAGAAAGCAAGAAGGAAAGCGUUGAAUAGGAAUGAUUACUUAACAAAAGAAAAAAAAGGAA